AUGCACACCGUGGCUACCCGACUAGAGUCUCGCAGGUCGCUCCUUGGCCCUGAGCACGGCUAUGGCUAUGGAGGUCAUUACAACCAGCCCUACAGCGACGGAGAGCCUGCUCCUCAGCCUAUUCCUCAACCCGCCGCCUUCACUCAGCCCAACUUUGCCGACACCUCCGGCGUCGAUCCCGCAGUGAACCAAGGCUACGCCUAUCGAGAAGGCUUCUCUCCAUCUGUUCCAGCCACGAGUACACUGAACGGCAAGACGGGCUUCCUCACAAGCCGAUGGCCCGCCUGCUUCAUGACAGUUUCUCUUCUCCAGGCUGUUCUGUGUAUCUGCUUUGAGGCCUACGUCUUUGGCAAGUUCCAGUUCAAUCUCGGCCCUCACAUCAACCUGCCCAAGGUCCAGUCUCAGUACAAGACUAUUCCUACUUUCCUAACCCUCUUCAUUUUCGGCUUCCUCUACACUCUCGUUGUCGUUUGGGAUGCCCUCCGCCAGAAGAACACUAUCCAGGUUAUCGGGGUCUGCUUCUCCAACCUGGCUCUCAUGGUCUACACUGCCAUUCAGGUUGACCAGAUUAAGGAGGCUUUCGACAUCCUUGGGGCGCACAAUGCUCUCGAGAAGGGUGUCACUGCCGCUGACCUCUGGGACGAUGUCAAGCCUUACCUGGUUGCCAUCCCCGCCAUUAUCGCCUUGGCGACCGUUGGCAUGAUCUUCAUUUCCUGGAAGAUCUACCAGGAGUAUGCUUGGGACAUUCUCAAGAACAUUGGCGCUGAUUACCGCAUGAAGAAGCGCUUCCUCCACUACCAGAUCUACAUUGCUCUGCUCAAGUUCGAUUUUUUCUUCUUCCUCGGUUUCAUCGUUCAGUUUGUCGUCGUUGUCGCAGAGAAGAACGAUCCCGAAUUUGCUUUGACUAUUGUCACCAUUCCCAUCACCAUCGCCAUUCUACUCGCCGCCGCCUACUUCACCCGCAAGGAGAACAAGCCUGGCAUGGUGUGUGUCAUCAUUCUCUAUCUUGGUGGUCUCAGCUACUUCCUCUUCAAGCUGGUCCGAAUUUACCAGCCCGGACACAAGGAAGCCUACGAGGCUGUCCGCCGAUCACUUACCGCUUUCGCCGUCAUCACUAUUCUCCUUAUCCUUCUCACAAUCGCCAACGCCAUUGUAUGCAUGUGCAACUUUGGAAAGGGCCUCAAGCCACACCUUCAGUCCCUGUCUCGAAAGCGCAAGGUUGAGGAGAAGCCCGACAUCAACUCGAUCAACAUGCAGGACGUCAAGCCCCAAGCGCCCAGCCGAAUGACGAUUGAUUAA